ACCAAGAGAAAGCAUCUCUUCUUCUCCUUUCAUGGCGUCAUCUUCCAAGAAUCCUGAUCUCCUCAUCGAUUUUUCAAGAACCCUCUCUCAGUUCUUCCGAUCAAAGCCUCCUGCCUUUUUAGCUUCUGUCUCUAUCCUCACCCUUUUCUUCUUUAUCAUCUUCAUCGCCUGCAACUCGCCUUCCACUACCAUCUCCUUCUCCCCUUGCUUUUUUCUCAAGAACUGUACCACUGUUUCUUCCCAAGUAGUUCUUCUCAAGAACAUCUCCACUCUCUCUGUUUCUGAAAGAAAUGAAAGUUUGUUGAGAAGGGAGAUUGGUGGUAGAUUCAAAUAUCUGAUGUCGUGUGACAUUUUUGACGGGAAUUGGGUUGCAGACUAUUCAAAUCCACAGUACUCACCUGGGUCGUGCCCGUUCAUCGACGAUGCAUUCAAUUGCAUUGCGAAUGGGCGGUCGGAUUCUGAUUUCCAAAGACUGCGGUGGAAGCCCAAAGGGUGUGAGAUUCCAAGAUUGGAUGGGAAAGAAAUGCUGGAGAUGCUGCAAGGAAAGAGGCUCGUCUUCGUGGGCGACUCUUUGAAUAGGAAUAUGUGGGAAUCGCUUGCCUGCAUCUUGAGGGAAUCUCUGGAAAAUAAGAGCAGAGUCUUCGAGAUUUCAGGGCGGCAAGAAUUCAGGACCGAAGGUUUCUACGCCUUCAGAUUCGAAGAUUAUAACUGCACCGUUGAGUUCAUGAGAUCACCAUUCCUAGUCCAGGAAUGGAAAAUGACAAAUUCAACUAAAGAAACACUUCGCCUGGAUCUAAUCGAGAAAUCAUCUGAGAAAUACAAGGAUGCCGAUAUAAUCAUUUUCAACACAGGGCACUGGUGGACCCACGAUAAGACAUCCCGAGGAAAGGAUUAUUACCAAGAAGGCAAUCAUGUGUACCCGGAAUUGAACGUUGUGGAUGCAUACAUGAAGGCAUUACAGACAUGGGCCAGAUGGGUUGAAGCCAGUAUCGACCAUAACAGGACUCGGAUCUUUUUCAGGGGAUUUUCUUCUACACAUUUCAGAGGUGGCCAGUGGAACUCGGGUGGGAACUGCAACGGUGAGACACAGCCAAUCACGAAUGACACAUACCUGGGACGGCACCCGCGUAUUACGAAAAUUCUUGAAUCUGUGAUUGGUGAAAUGAGAAUGCCUGUUUCUUACCUCAACAUCACCAAGAUGACAGAUUACCGCAAGGAUGGACACCCAUCCAUCUUCCGGCAGCCUGGGACAGAGAGAUCCACCAUGGGAGGGAUACAGGACUGCAGCCACUGGUGCCUUCCUGGAGUCCCGGACGCCUGGAAUGAGCUUCUCUAUGCAAUGCUUCUAAUAUCUGGCCAUGAUUUCCAAAGCAACUAAACAAAGAAUUAUCAGGAAAAAAAAAAUCCAGCAAUUGUACAUAAACAACGCUUUCAAGUACUCUGUCUUCUACCCAUCACAUUAUCGGACUGCUCAACACAUUCGUCAGCGUUGUAACAGUUCACAAGGGAGUAUAAGAGUCAAUUGAGUUGGUGUUGGAGCUGAGUGUAAUCAUAAUUUACUGUCAGUGGGUAUUCAAUCACAUUCUUGGGGUUAAGGGCGCAUUUGGAUGCGCUAUCUAAUCACAUUGCAAUUGUUAACCGAAUGAAGUGGAAAUAACCAAAUUGACAUUUUCAAUUU